AUGUCUGUCUUGCCAUUUAAAUUAGUCGAUAUGACGGAAGGUGAAUUAUAUGCCGAACUCGAAAACACUCAUUCAGAAAUGGAACAAAGUUGUAUAAACGGUGAACAAAUUCCAUCUGAUUGUGAAUCGUUAGCCAGUAACAGAGACGACGAAGAAAGUGAUACAGAAACCACUAUUAGAAGCAACGUGUUGAUAUGUUCAUGUAGGUUCUCUGAAGAUGACCUACCUUUGUCAACUAUCGCUAGAAGACUGCAACUAGCUUCAUCUGCCUCACCAGUUGGAAGAAAAUCUCCAGUUUGGUCUAAUGUGAAAACUCCUACACCAUCGCCAGAUUUUACUGCACAUUCUGGUCUAGCAGAUUGUGUAACGAAUAUGACAAAGUAUUGUUUUUGA